AUGUUAUAUGCCAAGAAAGAACCCAAUGGCGAUAAGAAGGAACCAGAGGAAUGGGGAGAGUUCCUGCACCAGCCCGGCGUCAAGUACACCGACUUUAACCUGAUCCGCGAGGAGAUCGUGCGCGAUACCGAGUUAAAGACUGGAAAGAACGCAGGAAUUUCGCCCUUACCCAUCAACCUCCGUAUCUACUCCCCGAACGUUCUUACCCUGACACUCGUCGACUUGCCUGGAUUGACUAAGCUGCCUGUUGGAGACCAGCCAAAGGAUAUUGAGAGGCAAAUCAAGGAUAUGAUUGUCAAGUAUAUUACCAAGCCAAACGCAAUCAUUCUGGCUGUCACUGGCGCUAACACAGAUCUCGCCAACUCGGAUGGACUCAAACUUGCAAGAGAAGUCGACCCUGAAGGAGCCAGAACAAUCGGUGUCCUGACCAAGGUCGACUUGAUGGAUGCUGGCACUGAUGUGGUCGAUAUUUUGGCUGGCCGCAUCAUUCCUCUUCGUCUUGGCUACGUCCCUGUGGUCAACCGUGGACAGCGCGAUAUUGACACUAAGAAAUCCAUUACUCGUUCGCUGGAGGGCGAGAGAUCGUACUUUGAGAACCACUCAGCAUACAAGAGCAAAGCACAGUACUGUGGUACUCCUUAUCUCUCUCGCAGGCUAAACAUGAUUCUGAUGCACCAUAUUCGGAACACGUUACCCGAGAUUAAGGCCAAGAUCCAGGCUGCAUUGGUAAAGUACCAGGUCGAGUUAUCAGGAUUGGGCGAUAUGCUGGGUGAGGGUAGCGCUGGUCAAGCAAACAUUGUUUUGAACAUCAUCACCGAGUUUUGCAACGAGUUCAGGACGAUAAUUGACGGAAACUCGACCGACCUGACGUCGUUUGAGUUGUCUGGAGGUGCGCGUAUCAGCUUUGUCUUCCACGAGCUCUUCGCCAACGGAGUCAAGUCUUUGGACCCCUUUGAUCAGGUCAAGGAUGUCGACAUUCGCACGAUUCUCUACAACUCGUCUGGAUCAUCUCCCGCCCUGUUUGUUGGGACGACGGCAUUCGAGGUCAUUAUCAAGCAGCAGAUCAAGCGUCUGGAGGAUCCCAGUUUGAGAUGUGUCAACAUUGUGUUUGAAGAGUUGGUCCGUAUCUUGACUCAGCUGCUGUCCAAGCAGCUCUUCAAGCGCUUCCCCGACUUGAAGGACCGCUUCUACCAAGUCGUGCUCAACUUUUUCCGCAAGCAGCUCAACCCUACCAACAAGCUUGUCCAGGACUUGAUCGCCAUGGAGUCCUGCUAUAUCAACACUGGUCACCCUGACUUUUUGAACGGACACAGGGCCAUGGCUGUGAUCAACGACAGGGUGAACCAGGCCAAGAACCCCCAGCCUGUCGACCCCAAGAACCGCAAUGUGGCCAAUUUGCCUCCCAGUCUCGAGCCCGAGCCAACAAACAAUGGCUUCUUUGGCAGUUUCUUUGCUGGCAAAAAGAAGCGCUCUGGUGUCAUGGAACCCCCACCAGCUGUUCUGAAGGCCUCUGGCAACCUGUCCGAGCGCGAGCAGAUCGAGACUGAGGUCAUUAAGCUGUUGAUUUCGUCGUACUUCAACAUUGUGAAGCGCACGGUGGUUGACACGGUCCCCAAGGCGAUUGUGCUGAACCUGGUGAAUGCGGCCAAAGAGGAGUUGCAGCGGGAAUUGCUUCAGGAGUUGUACAAGACGGAGGUUCUGGAUGAGCUGUUGAAGGAGAGCGAGUUUACACAGAACCGUCGUAAGGAGUGCAAGAGGAUGAUUGAGGCGCUGCAGAAGGCUGACGAGAUUGUUGGCUCUGUGUCUGGAUAA